GAAAAUAAUAAGCCAUAUAUACAAAAGUUUUGUAGUUCUUUCAAAAAGUUUUGUAGUGAAAUUUUCAAAUUAUUGAAUUGUUAUGGCAACCUUCACACUUCACAAAGAAACAGUUCAAUCAUGGUUACCUCUAAGCAGAACUCACAUAAUCUUCCACUUCAUAUGUGUCUUGUUUCUCAUUUACUACCGUAUCAAUAAUUUAUUCAUUUCAUAUCCAUGGUUUCUAAUGACACUAGCUGAGCUUAUUUUUUCAUUUAUGUGGUUUUCCCACCAAGCAUUCCGUUGGCGGCCGAUAACUCGAUCAGUUAUGACCGAGAAUUUACCGGCCGACGAGAAGUUACCGGGACUCGACAUAUUUGUGUGUACAAUUGAUCCUGAAAAAGAACCAACUAUUGAUGUUAUGAACACUGUUGUUUCUGCUAUUGCAAUGGAUUACCCUUGUAAUAAACUUUCUAUUUAUCUUUCUGAUGAUGGAGGUUCUCCUGUUACUCUUUUUGGUAUUAAAGAGGCUUUUCAAUUUGCUAAAGUUUGGGUUCCUUUUUGUAAAAAAUAUGAUGUUAAGUCAAGGUGUCCUAAGUUUUUUUUCUCUGCUUUGGGUGAGGAUGAACAUCUUCUUCGAACACGUGAAUUUGAAGAAGAGAGGGACCAAAUUAAGGCUAAAUACGAGAAAAUGCAGAAAAAUAUCCAGAAAUUUGGAAGCAACUCAAAGAAUCUUUGUAUGGUGACUGAUAGACUUUCUCGGAUUGAGAUCAUUAAUGACCAAAAGGAAAUGCCACUAGUUGUUUAUGUGUCUCGUGAAAAAAGACCACAUGUUCCUCAUAGAUACAAAGGAGGAGCUCUCAAUACAUUGCUUAGGGUAUCAGGGCUAAUCAGCAAUGGCCCUUAUGUUCUUAUUGUAGAUUGUGAUAUGAAUUGUAAUGAUUCAUCAUCAGCCAAACAAUCCAUGUGCUUUUUUCUUGAUCCUAAAAUAUCUCAAGAUCUUGCUUUUGUCCAAUUCCCUCAAAUGUUUCACAACAUUAGCAAGAAAGACAUAUAUAAUAGUGAGGCUAGGAAUGCUUUUACGACAAUGUGGAAAGGAAUGGAUGGGUUAAGAGGUCCAGGUCUCACUGGCAGUGGAAAUUAUUUAAGCAGAAGUGCAUUACUCUUUGGAAGUCCCAACCAAAAAGUGGACUAUCUACUUGAUGCUCAAAACAACUUUGGCAAGUCUACUAUGUAUGUAGAAUCACUGAAAGCAAUACGUGGUCAACAAACUACUAAGAAGAAUACUUCAAGAGAUGUAAUUUUACAAGAAGCAUGUGAAGUGGCUUCUUGUUCCUAUGAGAGAAACACAAAUUGGGGUAAUGAGGUGGGAUUCUCGUAUGCUAUAAAACUUGAGAGCACCAUUACUGGCUAUCUCCUUCACUGCAGAGGAUGGAGAUCAACCUAUCUUUACCCAAAAAUACCAUGUUUCUUAGGAUGUGCUCCAACUAACAUGAAAGAGGGAAUGAGUCAAUUGAUAAAGUGGGUAUCUGAACUUUUGUUGUUUGCAAUAUCUAAAUAUAGUCCAUUCACUUAUGGGAUUUCAAGAUUGCCUAUUGUUCAUUGUUUAACCUUUUGUCACUUGUCAAGUUUAGCCCUAUAUGUUGUUCCAUACACCCUAUAUGGAAUUGUUCCUCAACUUUGCUUCUUGCAAGGAAUACCUGUAUUUCCAAAGGUUACAGAGCCUUGGUUUAUAGUGUUUGCAGUAUUGUUUGUAUCCAGUCAGAUUCAACAUUUUAUCGAGGUAAUUACAACCGGUGGCUCCUCGACACAUUGGUGGAAUGAACAAAGAAAUGCGAUUCUAACAUCAAUUGGGUGCGUUUUUGCAAUUAUAGAAGCAACAAAAAAAUGGUUUGGGUUGAACAAGGUAAAAUUCACUUUAUCAGACAAAGCAAUUGACAAAGAUACGCAAAAGAAAUAUGAGCAGGGUAGGUUUAAUUUCGACGGUGCAAAAUUGCUCAUGGCACCAAUGGUUGUGUUACUCAUACUAAAUAUUACUUGCUUCUUUGGUGGUUUAUGGAAACUACUCAAUGUGAGGAAUUUUGAUGAAAUGUUUGGUCAAGUUUUCCUUAUUAGCUAUGUAAUGGCUCUAAGCUUUCCUAUUCUAGAGGGGAUUAUAACUAUGAAAACAAAGGGUGGGUAGAAAACAUUUGAACCAUGAAAUGUAGAGGAAUAUGUGAUAGUGCUUUGACUUUGUAUCUUGUAAUUUUGUAAUCUUAAGUUUUACUUUUGAUGAAUUUCAUUUGUUUCUAACAUGGUA